CGUACGAUCACGGGUUUCGGAGAGUACUUCAGCAUGCAAGAAGUAAAUGCGGAAGAUGUUUACGAUCAUCUAAAAGCUGUAUUCGAGGCUUGUGACCAAAAUGGCGAUGGCUUCGUCAAAACACAGGAUCUCUUGCGGCUUGGCCAAGAACACUCCAAUGGUGGCUUUGAGGUGCAAUUUCCUUUUUACUGGUUUUGAUUAUGUUACCCGUUAGUUAUUUGGCAGUAGAAUUAAAAGCUAAUCGCUGUAAACUGGACUAAAAGUUGCCGGAAAUUUGGAGUCCUCGUUUUUCAGGCGGACUAUCCCGCAAUCUCAAAGUCGUGUCGAUUUAUUUACUUGGCUUCUCCAUCAGUAUCAUUUAGGAUACUACAUUUUACUUGAUUCUUGUUUUUCGGGAGGUUAGUGUUUAGCUCCCUAAAACUCACGUUUAUACUAUCAUAAGAGGUUAUUACUUGGGUGUGUUUUAAACUUUCGAAAACAACAGUUUCUGUCUGUUUUAAAGACUCACUCCAGUUAGUUUACUGUUAAUGUUGUGACAAGUAUAACGUUUUGACUGAAAAUUGAUCGUCUUCUUAUUCUGUAAAGAGGCCAGCUUGCUCGAAAAUCGUAAGGAAUCUUUUUUCUGGAAAAGUAAUAGGUAAUAUCACUGAGGGAACAGUCCCGAAAAAUAUUGAAACAUCAAGCUUACGAUUUUAACUGCCUUCUGCCUUGAAAACGACAUCAAUUUAGCUAAUUGUUAUUCGUUCUGUCCCCGUCUCUAGGAGAUGAAAACCCUAAUCGAAAAGCUAGAUCCUGACGGAUUUGGAAGAAUAAGUUUUGAUGGGUUUUGCAAAGGAAUUCACGAAUUUCUUGGUGAGUUAAAGUACAACUUCAAAGGUGGUAAAACGUGUAUCACCGUAUCGAUAUUGCGUUAUGUUCUAAGCUAUGUCUUGCCCGUCACACAGCGAUGAAAAACAACUUUAUUCGCGUUUUGGUCGACCUUUUAAAGGUUUUUUUGUAAUUGGAACUUCUUUCCAUUCAAGGGGUUAACGGAGACGUGAAUAUGAACGGGGACAAAGAUGCAGCCGAUUUGGCGAUUGAUUCAAAUCCCUGGCUUGUUUUACCACUCGAUAGCGACCAACAGGAAGAAACUCAAGACAGCUGUUGUGAGGUUAGUUUAUUGUUCAUUUUGAAAUUAUUCGUCUCUAGAGGAGCAGCAAAUCUAGCUUAUUUUAAUAUGUUCAAAAAUGUUUCGAAACUUUCAAGUUUCGAAAGCCAAGAGGAAGUGGACGGUUGUCAACAGUUCAACGAAAUUGUUUACAUUUUCUGGAGCGAAACAAUAAAGCCAUUAACAUUGUGCAAAUUUAUGGCUCUUCUUAAAAUUACCCCACUGGUUAUUGACUAACAGGCCUUUGCAUGCACUUAAACUCUGUUUUUAUGAGGUCACUCAACUGAUGAAAUAAAAUGGUAAGUCAUGCUCUCCUGCUCAUAGAAUCAUGUUGUAAAACAUUUAGCAACUGAUCUAACAGUCAAUCAAAAAUCCUUGUAAAGCAUAUUGUACUGUAGAGAUACAGAAGAAUUCCAAUUUCCGAAAGCCUUGGUCUCUCAAACCUUCUGAUGAUUUAAGCCAAAACUGACUUCCUUUCCCCAGGAAAACACUGUAAUAAUUACAUACCUCUUAGUAAUUUAACCCCGAUUUCCUUUUACCUAAUACUUUUAAGAAGUUGGGAUUUUUUCCAUUUACAUAGGCAAAUUGGUUGGUUCAGUCUUUGGGCAAUCGGUACUCAAAAUUCAGGACCGGUAAAUUUCAUCCCUGAACCGGAUUUGCCAUUUGCACAAAUUAGUUCCACUUAUCUCAAAACGGCCACAAAACCUGCAACUGGUGUCAGAGGUCUCAGAACAAAUAAGACAAAAAUUUUGAUUGGGGCCAUUCUGACGGGAAAAACAGGAAUACCUUUUCAGGAAUUCUGUUUCUCCCAGGAAAAUUUUCCACUGGAAUGACUGCAAAGAGCUGUGUUACUUUUUCAACUGGAUUUGUCGGAAAUUUUAGGAAAAGGUAAACAACCAAGAAUUCCACAGAGUUCUCUAGAAGCUUCAGCAACCAGUCAGACUUGCCAUUCACCAGAGUUUUGACCUUGUUGCAAUCGUAUUUGUUUCUCAGAAUUUUGUUCAAUUAAAAUAAAGCAAAUGCGGGUGAAUAGAGGUGUCAUCCCCCUGGCUAAAAUUCCUCCCCAUAGUUGCUCAAAGCGUACUGAAAUGCAUUUUCAGCUGUUCUAUGUUAAAAUGUGCGUCUACUCUAGACAAGACACUGAUGUACUUAACCUUUCCCCUUUAUCACAAAUCAGUUUGCCAUGAAUAAUACCCUGUUCUUGACAAAAUGUCUCUGCUUUCUAUACUCUACCCUAGACAAACCGGUAUUGCAGCAUAUACCUAUAUAAACUUAAUAGGGCAUUCCCCCCCCCUACCCUACCCUAGACAAACCAGUAUUGCAGCAUAUACCUAUAUAAACUUAAUAGGGCAUUCCCUCCCCCCCUGCCCAGGAGUGGUUGUUUGAGUAAGAUGGCCUUCCAGGUUAUCCCUUGUAGUUAAGUGCUCAUUUGCUGAUACCGACCUAUAGGAGCCAUUAGGUAGGGAUCUGUAUUCUCUUUGUUGAUACAUAAUCUGAAGUACAUAUGUAUCAUUUAAUGAUCUGGAGAUAUGUGAGUCAUUUGCUGUCACUUUUUAUAACAUAUUUUUCCAAUCGGUUUGAUUUCAGCGUGACAGCACAUACAGCACAACAUCCACUAAUGAAUACAAUGGUGAUGAUGAUGAGAACUUUCCAGAUGAUUUACAAGUGUCAAACUUUAAUCGUAAUCAAAAGCAAUACUCUACAUUUCCACCUCCCACGUUGUCACGGUUAAAACAUCGUGCCACGCUGCCUACCAUGAGUGUUGAUGUGUACAGUGACAGAUGCUCACACUCUGAUACAAGUGAAUACCAGUCUGAAGAAGGAUUUGAGGGUUAUGGGGAGAGCUUUAGUGAGGAUACAACAUUUGAAGAUAGCCCGACUUUAAGAAGAGAACACCAGGUUGCAGAACGAAUUAUAAGAGGGUGAGCAUAAGAUGUUACUUGAAGGUCGUAGUCAACUCCCUCAGCAAGGCAGGCACCACUAGGAUCAUUACUACGUGUCCAUCCAAGAGGGGUGUCCAGCUUGUAGUGUCAAGUAAAAAUGAUUGAGGAAUGACAAGGACCAAAUCUUCCUGUUUUUUAGGGAGUCAUUUGUUUGUUAUGCAUUUUAUUGUAUCACCCUGAUACCACUGGUUCCUAAAAUUGUAUUUGCUUAGUAGAUCAUCAAGGAACUUUUAAGAGAGAUUUGACUGUAUCCCUACAUUGUCCCAUACAAUAAAUAAUGCAAAUAUAACCAAAUUUCCUAGAAUUUUCUUGCAGAAUGUGCUCAGCCUGCUGCUUACACACUGUAUAGGCUACCCAGCUACAGUACUUGCGACAUGACUGCAAGUACUGCCUGUAAUACUGUUCUGAUAUAAGAGCAGAAGUUUGCCAGGAAGAGAGGCCAUCCCAGUGAUGGCUUCUGCUGUUGGCGGCUACAGCUAUUUCAGUUAAUUAACGUUGUCAGAUUUAAUGGCCUCAAGCCUAUGUGGCAAGACUGCAAGGUCAUGUGGGUAGCUGCCCGGGGUAGCUGUAAAUCCCUUAAAGUUUGGUCUUAACGUUACAGUUGUCAGUUCCAUGGAAUUUUUUUAAAGAAAUUUCCCUUAUUUCCUCUUGGUCUUGUUAUUACUGCGCUUUUCACAAACAUGCGAACUCUAAAGUUCAAAAGCCGCCCUCACAAUUGCGUUUUUUGCUGCCCUCAGUCAUAAUUACGAUCACAAGCAACAAACAUUGAAACACAGAAACACCCAAAACGGAUCGAAAUCCACCAAUGGCAAAUCCCAUACAUAACCUUUUGAACCCGUUGAAGUAAAGUUUUGUUUUCUAAGAGGUCCACUAAGAUGAUUGACGGCACAGUAAGCGCAGUAAGGCUUUCUGACAAUGUCUAAUUAUCAAAAUAGCUGUAUGUUAUCAUAUGUCAGAACAGUACUCUGGGUAAGACCAGCUGCUAGGUCACAAACUUGUCAGCAGGAUAUGAGAACCAGGCAUUAGCCUUGAAUACUUUGAUGAAAAGGUUACUAACAAAUACAGUUGAACAUCCAUAUGCUACCACCUCUCGUUAGCGACCAGCUAUCUAAAAUACCAAAGUGUUUCAAGGCAAAGCCAUACAAUAUUGAAACCUCUCAUAGAUCUGUAAUGAUGGUGUUACAGUGUAACCUCUCCUUACGGAGACCUCUACAAUACGGACACCUGUGUAUUACGGACAGUUCGUUUGGUCUGAGGAAUGUCAAAUAUCAUACAUUCCCUAUACCUCUAUAAUACAGACACCUCUGUAAAGCGGAUACUUGGUUCUGUCCCUUUGGUGUCCGUAUUAAAGAGGUUUGACUGUAUAAUAAUCCAUUGUUAUUAACUUGUUGUUAGAGACUGCUUGACUCAAGGUCUGAUGUCUAUGUUUGCUGUAUGUAUUUUAAGUGAUGACGUGGAAGUGCACCAGCUUUUGUAACUUUGAAAUUGUGUACAAUGAAUUGUUUGCCAACAAAUAGAAGUGUCUGGACCUUUACUCGGAAAAGACCAUCUGUUGUUCGAUUCCCAUUAAGAGAUCACCUCCCGUAAGCAACCACUGAAUCUUUGCAUUUAGGAUGGUCAUUGAUAGGAGGCUCAACUGUAUACAUAAAUGAUAAAUCUUAGUUGCAAAUAGCCUGGUCAGAUUCAGAAGUGCUAAGGGUUAAUUAGUUGAUAAGAAUGUCUUGUUCUUCUUAGCUCUGGUUCAAGAAAAACAUCAGCUGCAGCAGCUGCCUUCUCAAGGUGAAGUGACUGAUUAACUUUGAAAUAUUAUUGUUUUUGAAAUGAACCUAACUUAAUUCCAUGCUAAUAUUACUGACGGUGCUGAAACUAUUUUUGUGAAAUCAUGUUUUGUUCUGUGAAAUUCUCUUUUCUAAUUAUAUGAUUGUAGUGCUAUGGCAGAGGCUGAUUUGAUGCCCAUCACAAAGAUCUUGAUCACAUUUUACAAACAUAAUCUCUGUCAAGAGGGGUACAUUUAUUGUCCAUGGCCCACAUACACUAUUUUAACUAUUGUUCAGCCAUCAUUACAGGAGAGCCAAUUAAGCACUUGUAAAAUACCGCUUCUGAUUGCUGACCAAGCCAAAAGAUGCGAAUGGAUUAACAAAGAUCUAUCUUCUUUUUGUUACCAACAGCCACAAUAUGCAUCUGUUUAAAUGCCACUCAGAAAACCCCAGCCGACACAACAGUUUUGAAGAUCUGAUGGGUGAUAGGCCUCUAUCAGACAGCGAAGCUAGCACCUCAGUGUUUCUUCUCUCAGAGGUGUGUUACAUAAAACAGAAAUGAUUAAUAAGUGAAACAAACUCAAGGCUGUGCUGUAAGAAAAACUGAAGGGAGCCCAAUGCUCUGAACCUGUGAAAUCUAAGGUUCUUGACUUGUGAUUUCUAUCAGAAAACUAAGAUUUUCAAGUUGCCUAGGAACAAAAGUUAGGCACCAGGAGCCACUGGGCACUGCUAGAGCACAGCCUUAACACUGUUGUAUUUUGAUAAAAAAGGUGUGUGCUUUUUAAAAAUCCACAUUGUUUAUCUUGUUCUUGUAGCUUAAAAGGUUGUCAUCACAAGUGUCAUUAUUACAAGAGGACCAAGCUCUGCACACAAACAAACAGACAAAAAUACGAGAUGAAAACAAGUUACUAUGUACAAGGUAAGCUUAGAAGCUGCUCUUUUUAGUAUCUCUUUUCUGAAACAGCCAUGAUCUGUCUUUGUACAAGUUUCAACCAUCUUAGUUUUCAUGGUGAUAAUAACCACUGUUCAAAACUGUCACCUUUAAUUUUUGGUUUUGUUUUUUGUAUUGGGGGUGACAUUGAUUAGUAAUAGUCCACUUAAUGGCAUCACCUGGUAGUGCGUUUUUGUCCAUUUUCUUGAUAUAUAGUCAAAUCUACCACGACCACAGCCCUAAAUAAAUUGAUCAUUAAAAGGAAAAAUUCAAGAGUAAGUCUUAACUUUCUCCUGCUCUGAAACAAGCAAAAUAAGAUUCUCGGAGACAGGAAAUUACUGCAGAAACAAGGGUUUGAGACCAUUGAACAAUUUUGCAUGUUUUUGUAUUUUCAAAACAACCUUUCUCCAUUGCUAAUAGAAAUUACAAUUUCAUACAAAACAAACAGUUCAUAUAGAUCUUGUCCUUGAUUCUUUGCUGUGAAAAGGGUGUUGUUACAAGAAAAAUUGUAAAAAAAAAAAAUUGUAAAUAUCUUGUGAAGCUUGUUCUUUGGUUUUUGUGGUUAUAUAUUUCAAUGUGUUUUGAAGUAUAAUAAUUAAUUAGAAAAUAGUUUCCAUUGUGCUGUUAGCAAUUAAUAAUGUCUUAAUGAUUUUGCUGUUAGUCAAUGUGUCUUUUGCUUUAGGACAUAGUUAAUCACAGGAGACAUGACCAUAAAAUGUACUUAGCUAUCAAAAGACCAUAAGUAACUAUCUGCUAAAUGAAAAUAUUAGUCAAUUCAUGGAUCAUUAAUCAUAGACACUGGAAGAAUCUCGGACAUUACAAAACAUAACAUUAAGAUUGCGUGUCAGAAGCUGAGUUUUUAAAGUUAUGACAUCAGUACUCAAGAAUUGGUCAUGUUUUAAUAAUAAUUAAAUUCUGCUGUCCUAAGUUUCAGUUUGGUGUAAAUCAAGAAUGACUUUUUGUAAUCAUCUUAACAGUAGUGAUGUAUAUUGUCAUUUGCUUUAAAUAGAACACAGAUUCUAUAUGUUAUAGUUAAAAAUAGCAGUGGCAGCCGUUAUGCUAUGAUUUCUUAUUACUUUUUGGUUUCCGCCAAAAAAAUCAAAACAUGACUGUGUCUAUGCUGCAGAGCCUGUGUUUUCAAGUUCCUUUCUCUUUUUUCAUGCAAUCUAUUGUUUUUGUCAUUUUAUUUUUAUGAAGCUUUAUUCUAGCUGUUUCCCUGGUGUUUUCAAGUACAAUACUUCAAAGGCUUAUUUAUUCAAAAUACCCACUGCUGGUCAUAUAUUCACAGAAACCCUUUCAGUUUCCAUGAAUAUUUAUGAACAUUUAAUAUUUAUUCAAGCAGACAUCUGCUUUACAAAUUUGCAUAAAAAGGCAAUGACAUGAAAUUUGUUUCCUUGUUUUGAAUAACACGGUUGAAAACCAGUAGUGAAAGUUAAAAUUUUGAGCAGAGAACACAAUGGUUUCAAUGUACAGUCCUGGUUUGGCUGUGGUAAGUCUAUAAUGUGAUGUCUUUCCUGUUCUUUUAACAGCAGAGAAUUGUGUGAAUUAUAUACAAAGAAAGAUAUGUUAUUACUACUGAAAAUGUUGUAGGAAAAUCCUGCUUAAUUUUUGUUUUUCAUGUUGUACCUUUUGUGGGGCUACAUGGCAGCUUAUCAAAUGUAUCUGAAACAUUCUUUUCAGAUUUUAAGUAGAAGAGUGAUAUUUGAUUCAACUACAUCCUUUUGCCAUGGGAAAUAAACCAACCUUCAAAUUUGGCUGAGAGAUAUUUAUGUCAGUGUAUGUGCUAAAGUUUUUACCACAGAAACUUUCUUUUGAAAUGUCUUGUAGUUGGAAAGAGAAAUUCAGAUCACCUUAUUUUUUGGCAUGAUGUGAUGAUUUUGAAAAUGAAAGCUCUCAUGGACCCUAAAAUAUUUGUCAAGUUCGGUUGUAUUGAAGUUCAUUUAAAUUGAGAUUAGAAACUGAUAUUUUGCCUGUCAGGAAAUAGUGUCUGUACCUGUCAAAAUCCAUGCCUCAGUACAGAUGAAGUCAAAGAAUUUUUUUCAUACUGUUGUGGUAUUUUAAAAGUUGCAAAAAUAAUACAACUUGAAUUAUGUAGCGAGGAAUAUUCUACAAAUUGUGAUUUACAUAAUAUGGUUAACCAUUAUUGUUGAUCCAUGAGAUGUCCAUUGAUUGUUAACGUUCCAGUUUCUUAAAAUUUGUUUUUAAAAAAUGUGCAGUGGUAUUUGCCUGUGUUCUCAAAGUAUUGUUUUGAAAACCUUUUUCUACCUUCAUGUACCUUCCCUCCUACCAAAAGCAUUUCCUAUUAUAUUUUAUGUCCAUCAAAUUGUAAAGUAAACCAAAAGCUAUGUUUUGUAGCAUGAUUACUGAUAUAAAAGAAUGAUGUGAACGAUUUGGUUUUCUAAUAAUUCCUAUGGUGGCAGUGUACUGCAGCUACAUGCACUGUGAAGCUGUUGAAUUUAAGGCUAAUUUUUCUCCAUAGAAUGAACAAUAAUUGAUCUCAUUUAUUAAUGUAAAAUAUCAGCUUUAAGUCCUUGGAAAAAGGUGGUAAAAGAUACGAAAAAUAUUAAUGGUACUAAAAGCUCAAAACAGAUAAUCUCAAAAUUUACAUUAAUAUUGUAUUAUAGAAAUAAUGAUAUCAUUGUGCAUGAUGUUGCUGUCAAAAAAAAUAACUCAUACAUACUGUUUCAGAAAACGUUUAGAAAAUGCACGCUUGUUAUCAAAUGGUCCCAAGCUCACAAAUUUUCAUAUUGAUUUGCAUUUUGUUGACUUAAACUUGUAAAAUGGUCACCUACCUCAAGAUAUUGGUGAAUAGGAAAAAAACUAAUAAUGAAAAUGAUAAAGGAAAAAAAAGGACUGAAACCAUAAGAAUCAAAUUUCAAGUUGCACACAACAUUUCAAGGCCGCAGUAUGUGGAAAACAAAGAGGCAAAUAUAUAAAGAAAAUGUUAUUAAAAUAAAAUUUUAUGAAGAGACUGUGAACUUUUACCAAUGAAAACACUACAACUUGGCACAUUCCUGCCAAGCACAUCUUUGACUAAAUUGGCAUCUUUUUAGUGGUUUAAUUAUUUCUAACUCCUCUUUCAGACUAGGAAUCUACAAGGUGGUCAUCACUUGGAGCAGUGCAUGACUGAUGAGAAACCAAUAUUUAACAGCAUGAUAAAAUUAUCUUUUGUUUUCUAUCAAUAAUUAUUGUAUCAUAAGAUUAAAAAAACUCAGGUAUCAUAAGAUAAAAAAACUCAGAGUUGGUUUACUUUACUGAAAUUUUACAAUAAAGAGCACGUAAAGUAACAGUUGAUAAGGUCAAAGAGGUUACCGGUAUUUUUUGCCAUUAAGACAUUCAAAAGGUGAUGCUUCUUGAAAGAACUACAUUGUAGCUCUUCAUUUGAUGACAUCAAAAUAACAAAGUUGACCACAUCUUUUUUCAAUUUUGGUUUUUGUCUGCACAUAUUUAUUUAUGUAUUUUAAAAUAAAAAGAAAGACGGACAAGGAAAGGAAAGUUGUAUGACUAGGGGGGGGGGGGGUGGGGGUGGAUUAUUACUGCAAAAUUUUGAGGGUAGCAACAGUCAAUAGCAUAAUUUUGGAAUUGGCCCCUUUGGGGAUUUUAAUUGUUAUUUAGUGAUAAUUUUAUUGGAAAUUUUACAUAUAAUCAAGUACGGUAUAAAAUUUUUAAAAGCAGUGAGCAAGAUAUAUAGACAGUUUGUAAAAAGGUUGUUUACUCAAACCUGGAGAUAUUUGAUUUAGGUGCUUCAGUAUUUGACAAUCAACUUUGGCUUUGUACCAUUUUUUUCAUAGCCUUUCUCAUCUUUUUUUUUCAAUUUCAGAAUAAAUGCAUUAGAAGAACAACUUGAAAGUCAAAAACUCACAACAGGAAAACAAGUUGAAGAGGAAAGUUUGAAAUACAAGUUGGCAUUGGUAGGUUUACCAUCUAUUUCCCAGCUUAGCAAUCAUGACUCUUGAGCCGUAAUAAGUUUGACAUUUAACAAAAUUUUAUGAUCCUAACCCUGUAUCAUUCAGGCAGUGUGUCGCAUAAGUGUUGUCACAGUGGUUCAAUAGACCAGUUCCCAUAUAUUAAAAUAAAACUUGGUUUCGAGGCUUGGAGGAAUAAAAAAAAAGAAAUCAUCUUGAGGUUCAAUAACAAACAAUUAUUCCUCAAGCCCGAAUAGGCUCUGAGUCAAUAGCCCAUAAGGUCAAAAGCCAAAUGGGCUAUUGACGCAGGGGCCAUGGGGGCGAGAGGAAUGAUAUUGUUAAGGAAACUUGUUUUAGGAAAAUCCAACUAGUUAGUGAAAAAUAUCGAGACAAAACAACUUUAGCUAGCAAAACGUGAUUCAGCCGCCAUUGUUUUGUUUUCCAAUGCUGGCGCUUUUCGCUACUAGUGGGCUAUUUAACAUAUAGCCUCGUAGUAGCUCAACCAAUCAGAAUGCAGCAUUAAUAAUAGAGCACUAGUUGGAUUUUACUGAUGAAUAAUACACAAUGUUCCCCUUAUCAGGUAGCAACCUGUAACAUUUACCACCUGAAGCAACACUUUUUACAUUCUUGCAACAGCUUGAAGGCUUACUACGAUUAAAUGAGUAGUUUUAAAAAAUAUGCAAGUUGAGAUCCGAUCCGAUCAAGGAAAUGAAUGAAUAUAUGGAACAUACUAAAGUAUACACAGCUUUAAAUUGUUGUCUGAAGAUAACAAUGCCCAAUUUACAUAAAAUAGGUCUUAAAAUGAGGGAAUUAUGUUUCAAGAACUUAGCUCCUCUUAGGGUGGGACCACGUGCCUCACUCCACUACCCCACUCUCCCUCAGGAAAAUGUACCUCUGGGGCAUAUUUUUUCCUUACUGGCCAUGAAUGGUCCCUUACCUGCUCAAGCCAAAAUUAGGGAGAACACUGAAUACAUUUUUUUUGUUCUAUUCCCCCAAGCCUCGUAGCCAAGUAUGAAUUUUAAUAUAUCAAAAAUGGUCUAUUAUAUCCUUGGUUUAAAUUUUAAAUUACUUUGUUUUAAAGUUAUUGUAAUACAUUAUCAUACCCUAAUUUACACCUCUUGUUCAUGAAGAAAAUGGCCUGUUGAAAAAAGAUAAUAUUUUUGAGAGCUUGCAAUUGAGUAAGGUGUUGAUGAGUAGAAGACAUCUUGAGAAUCUAAUAUUUUAUGUAAAUGAAUUAGAUGAUGAUGUACAUUGUAUUGUACUUGGCAAGGAGGUGCUGUUUUGAUUGAACCAAGAAAAUAAAUUAUUGGUAAAAACUGUGUCAAAUCCUUUUUAACCCUAGCCGUAUCCCUGUCUAUUCAAUAUUUUCUAAAAACUGUUCUUUUCCCCUCCCCCCACCCCGCUCUCCUCUCUCCUGAUCCUCCUUAGCAUUUAGAUUUUUUUAUUUUUUGUCAAAAACUCAGUGAAGAUGGCAUAUCAAUACUUUCAAUUCUUUUUCUUCAAUUUUAAGUUCUGUUUUGUUUUUGUUUUUUAAAUAUUUUUUUUAUUUACUUUCUCAGAACAAAUUAGAAAGAGAGAAUGAGGAAUCCUUAAAUGUACUAAACAGAAAGUAAGUAUCUUCACAAUUCUUCUUUAUGAAGCCAAUUAAGUCCUUUUUAUGAAAUGAAUAUGUUAUUUCCAAUCAAAUCUGGCUUUAAAAACAUUAAGCAUAAAGGCCAAAGUACCAUGUCAAGAUUAAGAAGGAAAGGACUGCAAAGCUAAAUUGACAAGUUGAACAUCCUGCCGUUUUAGACUUUAUUAAUUUUCUUGUUAGUCUCUCUUUAUAUUUAUUUAUGCAUUUAUUAUUUUUCAACAAACAAUAAAUACAGCAUUGUUGGUUAAAAGUAAAAAGGGUAAAAAGAUGUUAUGUUAUGUCGGUAGCUUGAAAUACCAGUAGUCAUUGUCUCAGUGAGCAGGGUUCAUACAGAGUCUUGAAUUCCAGAUUUGGAAAAAGUCUGGAAAAGUCUGGACAAAUGGUAAAACGUUUAAACUUUUUUUUCAAAGCUACACCAAGUGUUAAAUAAGUGAAAUUUUUCCCAUGGUCAAAUCAUAUUCAAUCUUGCUUGUAGCCAAGACAUUCAAUCAGAGAAUGAGAAAAUUCAGAACAGUCCUAAGUCUGCAUGCACUAUGGUUACUGUAUGUUUGCUUUGCGUCAUGGAAAAAGCCUGGUUUCUGUGUUAUUCAAGGUCUCUUUUUAUAACCUAGAGUCUGGAAAAAGGAAUAUUAUCCUUUUGGAAAAAAGUCCGUAUGAACCCUGUCUGAGUAACAAAACAGAUGAUGCACUCAUUUUACCUUCCGCUCUCCAUCUCUUCUCUGUUUGUGGGUCUUUAAAGCUACUUUAUGAGACACAAAAAGGAAAGAAGUCAAAGUAAGGAUUUAAGGUCACACCUGAGAAUUACACCUGGAACCUCUCACACAGAAGGCUUGGCACACUAACAAACUGUGUGAAUCCUUGCUUCUGCCGUUCUGGGCUAAUCUUUUAGUUAUUCCUUUUUUGAAAGUUUUAAGACAAAAUUUUGCUUGCCUUAAGAUUACAACAGGCUGAAGAAGAAAUUGAAAGACUCAAGAAAGUGGAGCCUCUUUUAAGAAAAGAACUUGACAUUUGUCAAGAGGUUAGUCAAUACCUCCUCUUCCUUUUUCUUGCUAUCUAUUGUAGUUACAUUACUUGAUAGUUUUGAUACCAAUUUCUUGAGUGGAUUCAAUUUAUGUGCAUGAAAUUCUUUAUUAAAUCAUUUACAAUUCAAUCAACCACUGUAUUUCCUCGAAUAAGCACCCAUACUCUAAUAGGCGCCGUCUGUGAAUAAGCGCUCACCCCUUAGGCCAUAUUAUCAUACAACCACCCCUCUCGAAUAAGUGCUCCCCUCCCCUCCCCCUCACUCUCUUAUAUAGUAUGGGUCAGAGGAAUGCAAAGGUCUGCUUAUCAUUGACAAGGAUGAUCUCAAGGAUGGUGAGAUUGUCAAUAUUUUAUAAACAUGCAUACUGAUACAUCUGUGUGUGAAGUAUUCAAAUGGGACUGUGGCAUCUUCAAUUACCAAAUACUUUUUUCACAAACAAAUUAAUAAAGUUACACUUCGUUGAAAGGAAAACUUAAUAAGCGCCCUCCUUCUGAUAAUAGGGAGCUUGAGGAAAAGCGUUUUUGAUCAACGGACGUCAACCGGAAGUGAGGCAUUUUCCCUCUCAAUAUGCCUUGAUGAUAUAAAAUUUGUAUUGCUUAGCUUCUUUACUCUUAUAGAGACGACUUGACUGAAAAUUUCGGCAAAAUCGUCGUUCAAAAAUUAAAAAAGGCUACUUGCGGUUGACGUGCGUCAUUGCUUAAGUUCCCUAUUUGCCCCUCUGCUCCUUUUAGCCAUGAUUUUGAGGAAAUAUGCUUUUAAUAUACUGCCAUGCAACUUUGCAAAAUUGAACAUCAUUAUUGCAGGAUAAAAGAAGACUUCUAAAUCAGGUUGAUAGUCUUGAGCUCGCUCUUCAAAUAAAAGCUGAUGAAGUUAAGGAGCUGAAAGGAAAGCUUGAAGCUGAGGUGAAAGGAAGGCUGGAGGAUCAGGAUCGUCAUGAACAGGUCAGUUGGGAUCCUCUUUGAGUAUCCAACAUUUUUUCACUCUUUCCCUCCUAAGCAUACAAAAUGAAGUUUACAAUGUUGAAAUAUAAUAGAAUUUUUUGUAGAAUACUGGAAAACAAACGGUGCAAUGUAAGAGAACAGCUUAAGAGAUUUAACUUGAAUGGUUUCACCAGUGGAUUUUAUCCACAGUCUCAAAAGGUAGAAAUAUAUUGAAGAGUACUAAAUGAAAGUAAAUCUGAAGAUGUUUCCAGCAUUUGAUUAGUCACACUAUAGGAUUUCAUCAACAGAUUCAAAAGUCGAGCUACAUUUCUUGCUUCCCUGCAGUGGUAGCGGUUUAUGGUGAACGGACCGCACUAAUGUCCUAUCAAGACAAUCGUGGCUAACCCAUGAGUUUGAACAAGAUUUCAUUUUCAUUCAAGUUGGUACCAGUCCUAUGUAUAGUAGGUGGUAGUGACUUAAAAUCUUGCACUGUAAGGCCUCAUUCCUCUAGGUCAAGGUCUGGGGAUGUGCCACCCUCACCUCCCCUUGCUGCCUCCUAUCCAGAAAAUUUUGAAAUCUGCAGGCUUGAAAAUGUAAUUUCCAUUGUAAACCAUUCUAAGCAUGAAAUUGAUUCAAACGUGUGAUAGCCGAAAGACUUAAUAAUUAUAAUUGCAGGGUAUUGUAUCAUUAUCACUUACAUGGAAAUAUGUUUUCUCUUUCUGUUUCGUUUAGGAGCUCGCUUUAGCCAGCGAACAGUUGGUAGAACUUGAAAAAUUCAAACAUGAAGUAGAAAUAAAACUCAAAGAGCAUCAAAAUGUGGAACAACAAAAAACUGACCUAGAGAGACAUGUUCAGACAUUGAUAAAGGUAACAUACUAAAUAGAGAUGAAAGAGUGGCUUUGUGAAUUCAACCCCUUCUCUUUUUUUGUUGGGCAAAUUGUCCUUUUCAAAAGAGAAAGUCAUGAUUUUGAUAAAGUUUACAGAGUAAACUCAUUACACGUUGUUUCUUAGUGUGCAAGAGAUUUUAAACAUCCUAAUGAGAACUACCUCGUUACCUUGCAUUUCAUGAUUCGCUCAUAUUUGGUUACAAAUAAUUGUAGUUGAACUAUCAGAUUAGGUUUGCUACGUCGUUGUCAUAAUCAUGUUGAUGUCCUAGCUGGAAAAUUUGCGGAAGAUAACAGUCGAAGCUCUUGUAAGCGACCUCCUCGGAAAUUUGAAAAAGGGAUCGUAACUAGAGCUGGUCACUUACGAGAAUGAGCUCUCGUAAGUGACCACAUGGUAAAACAAUAGAGGGUGGUCGCUUAUGAGAGCUUCAGAAACUCAUUAAUAAUUCAUAAAGAACAAAAAAACCAAAAGAAAUUAAUGUUUAAUGAGUGUCUUUAUAGCUGAUAUAGACGCAGCUAAACUUUACGUCCAGUUUCUUAGACCAUCAGUCCAGUGUGUAGUCUUAUUUAAGUGUUGAUUUUUAUGAAUAAGACUCUGAGUGGUCACGUACAAGAGCUUAAAAACAAAGAAAAAGUCCAGUUGGGUAAUCUAAAAUGUGUUCGCGGUCGCUUAUGAGAGCUUUUCAUUACAGAAGUUUAUCUCACAGUUCAAACGGGGUUUAACAAAGGUGGUCAUAACUAGAGCUGGUCGCUUAUGAGAGUGGUCCUAAGGGGAACUUUGACUGUAUCUAGAGUACUUUGUUUUGAAGAGCUCCGAUACGGAGUCUCUGACAGCCUGACGGUCUUUUACUGCAAAUGGAAUUGGUCAGCAUGGUUUGAUUUCUGUCAACAAGUAUUUUAAAAUGGAGCCGUUGAAAUGUGGCAUCAACAUAAUAAUUUCUAGGCUGAGUCUCCAGCCGUGUUUGUUUUGAUGCUCCCUCGGUAUUCUGGGAAGUACUGGGGGGACAUCAAGAAACCCAUGGCUGGGGACUGAGCCUAUAUGAUUUCUAGAGAUCCCUAAGGAGAAUACUUAUAUUGAGCUUGUGUAUCUGCUCUUGGUCUAGGAAAACUUAGGCUUAAAACACUCCAAAGAGGAACUCAACUUUCAGCUGCAUCAGGAUGGAUAUUUUGGUGCCGGGCAGGUAGGUGUACAACAAACAUUAAAUUAUUAAGUGUUACUCAAAUUCUAAACAAGUUACGGUGAUUGCUAAGUUCUAUUAUUUUAUGGCUAGCUCCGCGAGCGGGCGAGUUGAAUCAAAUCUUGUGUCCUUUUUGGCUACCCAAGCGGAAACGAUGGGCCCAUCUUGCUCGCUUGGAAUCCUUCACUAAUCAGUACUAUGUCCCGAUCCUCUGAUGUUGUUUUGGCCAUAUAAUAAAUCUGUUAUUGACCAAGCGUGACGUCAAAAACACCAGAAAGUAUUCGGCCAGUAAGUAUCCAACCUUAAUGACCUCACGAUUGGUCAAUAAGCCACAUAUUUUAAGUUGCAUUUUCCACGCUUCUCUCUAUUCAUAGCAAUUAGAGAAAGGACUGAUCGUGACCUCCUCUGCUCAAUGCCGUUCUGUCAUUGUUUAAGCCGGUUUGACGAUCUACGCUUUGCGCGCGCCGUUGCCUCUUGUCGUUUUGUUGUCUUUAUUGGGGACCUUCACGAUCUGACAAAGGCGACGUCUAUGAAAACUUCGUUGAAAAAUAGACUUCGCAUCCUUUCGAACUUCUUCGUGUCCGAGUUCAGACAGAGAUGGUAGAAUUUAUCGCAUUGCCGUCCCCGUUCUCAAUUACACUUGAAAUUUGGCCAUUUCACGUCGUAGUUGUUGUAGGGACGGCAAAGAAACUUAAUACGAAAUAGCACGAUUCACGUGUAGAGUUGUUUUUUUUUUUUGCUUAUUAAACCUAUUGCUUUUUUGACGAUACCGUUGCUGCCCCUCCUAAAUCUUCCUAGUAUGACUAUUCACACGUAGUGUUUCAGAACCUCAAAUAAAUAGUGGUUGAGUGAUUCUCGCUGACUUUUUAAGCCAUAAGAGCACGCAGGGUGAAACCCUGCCCGGUAAAAAUUUCCCCUUCCACAAAAUACAAUUUUGUUGUUAAUAUUGUUCUUGUUUUGAACCAAGCAGCAAGGAUCACUGGCCGAUGAACUCGUCACAGCUGACAAAGAAAAAAUCAUAAGUACCCUGAGAGACCAAGAGGAAGAAAACAGAAGACUUAGAAGCUACCUGGAUGGAUUAUUAAUGAUGAUAAUGGAACACAAUCCAUCAUUAUUGGAACUUCAAUAA